CAGCAGGCAGACGACCUGCGGGCCACAGUGGCUGCGCUCUGUGUGCUGCGAGGUGGGGGACCCUGGGGGGGGCACUGGCUGAGCCCCAAGACCCCAGGGGCCAUGGGGGGGGAGCUGGUGCCGGGCCUGGGGGCCCUACGGCGGCGAAAGCGGCUCCUGGAGGAGGAGAAGUGGCUGGCGGGCUGGGCGCUGGUGCUGGCGGGAAUUGGCAUCGGUCUCAUGGUGUUGCACGCCGAGAUGCUGUGGUUCGGGGGCUGCCCGUGGGCGCUCUACCUGUUCCUGGUUAAAUGCAUGAUCAGCAUCUCCACUUUCUUGCUCCUUUGCCUCAUCAUCGCCUUUCACGCCAAGGAGAUCCAGCUGUUCAUGACGGACAACGCGCUCCGGGACUGGCGCGUGGCGCUGACCCGGCGGCAGGCGGCGCAGAUCGUGCUGGAGCUGGUGGUGUGCGGGCUGCACCCGGCGCCGGUGCGGGGCCCGCCGUGCGCGCAGAGCGUGGGCGCGCUGCCCGGGGCCCAGCAGCCCUGGCCCGGCUUCCUGGGCCAGGAGGAGGCGCUGCUGUCGCUGGCCAUGCUGCUGCGCCUCUACCUCGUGCCCCGCGCCGUGCUGCUGCGCAGCGGCGUUCUGCUCAAUGCGUCCUACCGCAGCAUCGGCGCGCUCAACCAGGUCCGCUUCCGCCACUGGUUCGUGGCCAAGCUGUACAUGAACACGCACCCGGGCCGCCUGCUCCUCGGUCUCACGCUUGGCCUCUGGCUCACCACCGCCUGGGUGCUGUCAGUGGCGGAGAGGCAGGCCGUUAAUGCCACUGGUCACCUUCUGGACACGCUGUGGCUGAUCCCCAUCACAUUUCUGACCAUUGGGUACGGGGACGUUGUGCCGGCCACCAUGUGGGGCAAGAUCGUCUGCCUCUGCACUGGGGUCAUGGGGGUCUGCUGCACAGCCCUGCUGGUGGCUGUGGUGGCCCGAAAGCUGGAGUUCAACAAAGCGGAGAAGCAUGUACACAACUUCAUGAUGGACAUCCAGUACUCCAAAGAGAUGAGGGAGUCAGCCGCCCGAGUGCUGCAGGAGGCCUGGAUGUUCUACAAACACGCGCGCAGGAAGGACUCCGGAGGUACCCGACGGCAUCAGCGCAAGCUGCUGGCUGCCAUCCACACGUUUCGCCAAGUGCGGCUGAAGCACCGGAAACUGCAGGAGCAGGUGAACUCCAUGGUGGACAUUUCCAAGAUGCACAUGAUCCUGUGUGACCUGCAGGUCGGGUUGAGCACCUCGCACCGGGCCCUGGAGAAGCGCAUCGAGGCGCUGGCUGGAAAGCUGGACACUCUGACUGAACUGCUCAGCGCUGCCCUGGGGCCACGGCAGCUUCCAGAAUCCAGCCAGGAGGCCACGUAGCUGG